GGUCGUAUGCACGGUACUUUAGCUAAGGCUGGUAAAGUUAGAAAAUAAACUCCAAAAGUUGAUAAAAAGUAAAGAGCCAAAAAAAUUCCAAAAGGAAGAGCUUAAAAAAGAAUUAUAUAUUCAAGAAGAUAUGCUCCACACAUUUUAGCAGUUGAUCCCAAGAAAAGAAAGAGUCCUAACUGGCACGCUGGUAGAAAAGACUUAAUCGAAGGAGCUGCUGCUGCCGCUAAAAAAUGAUAAUGUGAUAGUUAUAAAUGAAUUAUUUUUAUUUUUAAAAAUUUUAUUUAUAUAAAAUUUUUUAUUAAAAUAUAAAAAUUAUUUAAAUAUUUCAUUUUUUUUUUAUAAAUUUAUAUAUUAUUCUUUAAUUGAUUUUAUUAAGUUUAUAAAAUUGAUUUA